CGGAAGUUCCGCAGCCGCACGAACCGGGCGAGGGGAGGUCAAAUGGCGGCGCUGCUGGGCGGGCUGGGUCCUUUAGGCUCUGCGGCCAGGCGACAACUUUUGCCUGCUCCCACGUUCAGUGCAAUUGCAGUGAGAUUGGCAUCCAAAAAAACAGGAGGGAGCACCAAAAAUCGUGGAGGGAACAGACCUGGGAAAAGGUACGGCUUCAAAAAACUAGAUGGACAAUUUGUUCAUGCAGGCAACAUACUGGCCACCCAGCGGGUGAUUCGAUGGCAUCCAGGGGCUCACGUGGGGAUGGGCUACAACAAAUGGUUGUAUGCCCUUGAAGAUGGAAUUGUGAGGUUCACUAAAGAAGUCUACGUGCCGCCUGCCCGUGGCAAGGACAGCCGAGAAGUGAUCUGCCAGUUACCCAAAGGAGCUGUACUGUAUAAAACUUUCAUCAAUGUUGUUCCUACCGAAGAAGUGGGAAGUUUUAAGUUGAUCACCAUGAUCUGAGAGCUAAAAACUCAAAUAGUUCUGAAUGACCUUUUGUUGGUCCUCUGCAACUGGGAAUGAAGCAAUAUUUGCAGCAUCUACACUAAUAUGUGGAGAUAUAUGCUGAAUGCACCCCUCUGAUACGCUGUUGAUGAAAUAAAGAUUGAUAAUAUUUCUUUUCCAAAAUGCAACGAUAGUACUACUGCUGUUCAUUUCAGAGGAGCCAUUUCCGGCUAAUGCUUUGUCCUUGUGAAAGCAGAUACUGGAGGUUAUGGAAGUAGGUUUCCAAUUUAAGAAUCGCGAGUGUCCUGGAGUAUUCCCAGCAGAUUUCAUACAACAGUAUGUCUACCUGCAGGCACAUGAAAUUAUUUCUUCACAACUUCAGUGUGUCAAGAUCUGGGUUCAGAAUGUACUCAUAGUUGUAAUGGCAUUACCUGUGCAUUAUGCCAACAUAUGCACACAAUAAACUUUUGCAGCGUGGCCUGCUCUGUACCAAACAGAUGUGCAGCUGCUCAAGAUGCAGUCUAGUAGAAAGUUCCUAACCCAGUUUAUUCUUUAACCAAUGUGUCAAGGUAUUGGUCAAUUUACACAGUGUUUUAGAUAGAAUGUAAUUUCUUUGGUGUGGCUUGGCUUAAUGCAUGGUGUGGAUCCAGCCACUGUGGUUUGAAAGCCAGAGAUUAUGACUUAGCAUUACAUGUGAACCAGAACACCAUGUCUUAGCCAGCAAACGAUAGCCAAGAAAUUAUUCCUUAGAGCAAAGAAUGGUCUCAGUCACAGUUACAUAGCAUUUGACUAUUUGGAAAACAUUUUUAACACUACACAAUUCAAACUUGAUAGCAACAAAAGGGGGAGGGAAAAGAACUUCAAAUUUAAUUUACAAAGCAAAAAAUAGUUGCAAGGUCCACCCUGUUGUAGAGACGAACCCAAUGGUUAGUUUGGUGUUGGCUUAAUGUGUUGUGUAAAGACAGCCAUUAUCAUUUGUAAAUCAUGGCUUAGAUGACUUGAUUGCUUAGACUGACUGUAAAUUUGACUUUUAUGAUACCUGUGUAGAACUUUACAGUCUCUAGAUAAUUUUUCUCUAAGGCUCAUUUCCUUUGAAAUUAUUUUACAGUGGUGUCUGGUCUUAUAGCUGUUUGAAAAAUCAUAUCCUUAAUAUACAAUAGUGCAAUUCCA